CCUCCCCCCUCCUUUUUCAACAUGGCUGCUGUGUCUACUCUCUCAAGUAACGCUCAGAUUGGAGACUGACUCGACUUCCACCUUUCAGUGCCUCUGAACUUUCUGUAUUUAUCGGCUCGGCGUGGACGCAAGUCGCCGUCUCCGCGCUGCCGCCUCCCCCGCUUCCCUUCAGGGGGAUAACCUUCACCAAUCACUCCCUCCACUGGGCCUUUUUUUUACUCCCCCAAAACAACCAACUGGCAGCCAACAACAGUUUCCAGUGCAAUGGUUUGAGUAGGCGCACACAGUUCUCCCUCUUCAUGAACAAUGUGUGAAAACUGCGCCGAGCUGGUGGAGGUUUUAAAUGAAAUAUCGGAUGCAGACGGCAGUGAAGGAGGCUUCCAGCUGAAGAAGGAACAUGCUCUACGGGUGCUCGGCUACAUCAGCUCCUGGACUCAGAGGCAAUGUCUGUGCUGCUUCAAGGAGUACAAGCACCUGGAGGUCUUCAACCAGCUGGUCUACGCCCUCAUCAACCUGGUCAUCGCCCAGAUCAGCAGCCUGAGAGACCGGCUCUGCCACGCCCACAAAGGCUCGGCGGCGGCGGGCUCCGAGUGGAGCGGCGGCGGGUCGGCGGCCGCCGCGGCCCUCCCCCAGCCGCCCUCGCCCGGCGAGGACGAACCCGUCAACGUGGAGAGAGACUCUGCUGAGGAGGAUGCCGACACGCCCGACUCGCACCGGAACGCUAACCCGGGCCCGGACCGGGGGUCCGGCCAGCCGGCCGACGCACAAGGAGAAGCGGCGGCGGCGGCGGCAUCGGGGGGCGGCAGUGCUGCCGCCGCCGCCAGCGGGGAAUGCCAGGAUCCCUUCAGCUCCUGGAGCACAGAGGAGAGAGAGAAGCUGCUGCUGUGUGCUGCCAAGAUCUUCCAGAUCCAGUUCCCCCUUUACACGGCCUACAAACACAACACACACCCCACCAUAGAGGACAUAUCGGCUCAUGAGAGCAACAUCCUGGGCUCCUUCUGCGACAUGAACGACGUGGAGGUGCCACUGCACCUGCUGCGCUACGUCUGCCUGUUCUGCGGGAAGCACGGCCUCUCCCUGAUGAAGGAGUGCUUCGAGUCGGGCUCUCCGGAGAGCCUCCCCUUCCCCAUCGCACACGCCUUCAUCACCAUCGUCUCCAACAUCCGGAUAUGGCUUCACAUCCCCGCCGUCAUGCAGCACAUCAUCCCCUUCCGCACCUACGUGAUCCGGUAUCUGUGCAAGCUGUCCGAUCAGGAGCUGCGGCAGAGCGCGGCGCGCAACAUGGCCGACCUGAUGUGGAGCACGGUGAAGGAGCCGCUGGACAGCGCGCUGUGCUUCGACAAGGAGAGCCUGGACCUGGCCUUCAAGUACUUCAUGUCGCCGACGCUCACCAUGAGGCUAGCCGGCCUCAGCCAGAUCACGAAUCAGCUCCACACCUUCAACGACGUCUGCAACAACGAGUCCCUGGUGUCCGACACGGAAACAUCCAUAGCGAAGGAGCUCGCCGACUGGCUGAUCCACAACAACGUGGUGGAACACAUAUUCGGGCCCAAUUUGCACAUCGAGAUCAUUAAGCAGUGCCAGGUGAUCCUGAACUUCCUGGCCGCCGAGGGCCGGCUCAGCACGCAGCACGUCGACUGCAUCUGGGCUGCAGCUCAGUUGAAACACUGUAGCCGCUACAUCCACGACCUUUUCCCGUCGCUCAUUAAGAACCUGGACCCGGUGCCUCUCCGCCACGUCCUCAACCUGGUGUCGGGUCUGCACCCCAGCGCCCACACCGAGCAGACGCUGUACCUGGCCUCCAUGCUGAUCAAGGCUCUGUGGAACAACGCUCUCACUGCCAAGGCUCAGCUCUCCAAGCAGAGCUCCUUCGCCUCCCUGCUCAACACAAACCUCCCCAUGGGAAACAAGAAAGGCUCGCCGGCCGCCAGCCCGGACAGCAGCGACAACAGCGACACGCAGCACAGCGGCGGCAGCGACAUGGAGAUGGACGACCAGAUGAUGACGGGCGGCAAGCGGAGCCAGCAGAGGCUGUCCGACACCGAGGAGUCGAUGCAGGGCAGCUCGGACGAGACGGCCAACAGCGUGGAGGAGGGCAGCAGCGGGCCGGGCAGCAGCAGCGGGCGCAGCGAGGCCUCCAGCAACGAGGCCGCCUCCAGCCGGGCCAGCCAGUCGGCCGGCAGCCCCGGCAGCGAGAUGCACUCCGACGACAUGGCGGACAGCGAGGCCUUAAAGGAGGAGGAGGACGAGGAGGAGGAGGACGACGACGAGGACGAUGACGACGACGACGACGAGGACGACGACGAGGGGAACCGGUUAGCGGCGGCCGACGGCGGCCAGCAGAAGGAGCCCCGCGAGCAGAGCGAGUCCAGGAAGAGGAAGGCGGCCGAGGCGCUGGGGGAGGGGCCGAGUCAGGGGGCGGGGCCCAGCGGCUCGGGGGGAGGGGCCAAACCAAAGGUCCUGCCCUUUAACCCAGAGACUGCCGCUGCCAUGGUGACGGCGGCGUCGGCGUCACUAGAGGGCCGCAUGAGGAUGCUGGACGCCUGCUCCGCGUCGUCGUCCGCCCGGCCCGAGGGGGCGGAGCCUCAGCAGCAGCAGCUGCCGCCGGACAUCGGCCCCGCCCAGAUGGCCCAGGGGCCCCAGGAGCCCCCCUGUCUGCCGCGGCCCGGGGACUUCCUCGGGGAGGCCAUGGGCGGCGAGCUCUUCAACUGCCGCCGCUUCAUCGGGCCCCAGCACCACCACCACCACCAUCACCACCACCACCACCACGACGGCGCCAUGGUGGAGGACAUGCUGAGCGCCGACGACGUCAGCUGCAGCAGCUCGCAGGUCAGCGCCAAGUCGGAGAAGAACAUGGCCGACUUCGACGGCGAGGAGUCGGGCUGCGAGGAGGAGCUGGUGCAGAUCAACUCCCACGCCGAGCUCAGCUCCCACCUGCAGCAGCACCUGCCCAACCUGGCCUCCAUCUACCACGAGCACCUCGUGCAAGGCCCCGCCGUCCACAAGCACCAGUACUCCGGCAGCCACGCCCUGACCGACAUCAACCUGGACAACGUCUGCAAGAAGGGCAACACGCUGCUGUGGGACCUGGUGCAGGACGAGGACGCGAUCCACCUGUCCGAGGGCCUGAUCAACGAGGCGGAGAAGCUGCUGUGCUCGCUGGUCUGCUGGUUCACCGACCGGCAGAUCCGGAUGCGCUUCAUCGAAGGCUGCCUGGACAACCUGGCCCACCACCGGUCUGUUGUCGUAUCUUUGCGUUUACUUCCCAAGCUUUUUGGCACCUUCCAGCAGUUUGGCUCCAGCUACGACACUCACUGGAUCACCAUGUGGGCCGAGAAGGAGCUGCACAUGAUGAAGCUCUUCUUCGACAACCUGCAGCACUACAUCCAGGAAGUGCGCGAACACCGCCACAAGUUUGCGCUGUACAGCCACAGCGCGGAGGUCCAGGUCCGCCUGCAGUUCCUAACGUGUGUCUUCUCCACGCUGGGAUCCCCCGACCACUUCAGACUGAGUCUGGAGCAGGUGGACAUCCUGUGGCACUGCCUGGUGGAGGACGCCGAGUGCUACGACGACGCGCUGCACUGGUUCCUCAACCAGGUGCGCAGUAAGGACCAGCACGCCAUGGGCAUGGAGACCUACAAGCACCUGUUCCUGGAGAAGAUGCCUCAGCUGAAGCCAGAGACCAUCAGCAUGACUGGACUCAACCUGUUCCAGCACCUCUGUAACCUGGCCCGCCUCGCCACCAGUGCUCUGGACAACGCCUCCAGCUGCGAGCUGUGUGGCAUGGACCAGCUGUGGGGCAUCGCUCUCAGAGCUCAGUCGGCUGAUAUCAGCCGCGCCGCCAUCCAGUACAUCAACUCCUACUACAUCAACGCUGGGAAGACGGGCCUGGAGAAGGAGCAGGAGUUCAUCAGGAAGUGCAUGGAGAGCCUCCUGAUGGCCUCGGCCAACCUGGAGAAGGACUCGCACUCCAGCCUGACCAGCAUCGAGAGGGGGCUGCUCAUGCUCAAAACACACCUGGAGGCCUUCCGGCGCAGGUUCGCCUACCACCUGCGCCAGUGGCAGAUCGAGGGCACGGGGAUCAGCAGCCACCUCAAGGCGCUGAGCGACAAGCAGUCGCUGCCGCUGCGGAUCGUCUGUCAGCCCGCCGGCCUGCCCGACAAGAUGACCAUCGAGAUGUACCCCAGCGACCAGGUGGCCGACCUGCGGGCCGAGGUCACCCACUGGUACGAGAACCUGCAGAAGGAGCAGAUGAACCAGCAGGCCCAGCUGCAGGAGUUCGGCCAGAGCGGCCGCCAGCCGGGAGACUUCCCAGGCGGCCUGAUGGGGCCGGUCAGGAUGAUCUCCUCCGGUCACGAGCUGACCACCGACUACGACGAGAAGACGCUGCACGAGCUGGGCUUCAAAGACAUGCAGAUGGUGUUCGUCUCUCUGGGAGCGCCGCGCCGGGAGAGGAAGGGGGAGGGCGUCCAGCUGCCCGCCUCCUGCCUGCCCCCGCCGCAGAAGGAGCACAUCCCCAUGCUGCUGCUGCUCCAGGAGCCGCACCUCACCACGCUGUUCGACCUGCUGGAGAUGCUGGCCUGCUUCAAGCCCCCCAGCCCCGGCGCCGAGAAGCUCCAGGACAGCCCCGAGAGCGCCCGCUGCGAGGAGCUGCACCUCCACGCCGAGAACCUGUCCCGCCGGGUCUGGGAGCUCCUCAUGCUCCUCCCCACCUGUCCCAAGAUGCUGCAGGCCUUCCAGAGCAUCUCGGACGACACGAGUGGAGAGGGCCUCUGCUGGAAGGAGCUGCUGAAGAUCAAAAGUCCCCACAAGCUGCUGUACGCCCUGGAGAUCAUCGAGGCUCUGGGCAAACCCAACCGCCGCAUCCACAGAGAGUCCACAGGCAGCUACAGCGACUUGUACCCCGACUCCGACGACUCCAGUGAGGACCAGAUAGAAAACAGCAAGAACACCUGGAGCUGCAAGUUUGUUUCUUCCGGGGGUCUGCAGCUUCUCCUGGAGAUCUUCAACUCAGGCAUCCUCGAACCCAAAGACCAGGAGUCCUGGACCGUGUGGCUGCUGGACUGCCUGGCCUGCCUCCUCAAGCUCAUCUGCCAGUUCGCCGUGGACCCGGCCGACCUGGACCUGGCCUACCACGACGUCUUCUCCUGGUCCGGCCUCGCCGACGGCCAGCGCAAGAGGGCGUGGCCCGGGAAGUCCCGCAAGUCCACGGUGGACCACGGGAAGGGUCUGCACAUCCCGCGGCUGACAGAGGUCUUCCUCGGUCUGGUUCAAGGCACCAACCUCAUCCAGCGUCUCAUCAACGUGGCCUACACCUACGACAACCUGGCACACAGAGUCCUGAAGGCUCAGUCCGACCACAGGUCCCGACACGAAGUGACGCACUACUCCAUGUGGCUGCUGGUGAGCUGGGCUCACUGUUCGUCCGCCGUCAAGUCCAGCCUGGCGGACAGCGACCAUCUGCACGACUGGCUGAAGAAGCUCACCCUGCUGGUGCCCGAGCCGGCGGUGAGGCACGAGGCCUGCAACGGCCUGUACAAGCUGUCCCUGUCCGGCCUGGAGGGCGGCGAGUCCAUCAACCGCUCCUUCCUGCUGCUCGCCGCCUCCACGCUGCUCAAGUUCCUGCCCGACGCCCAGGCUCUCAAACCGCUCAGGGUGGAGGACUUUGAGGAGGAGCCCCUGCUGCGGACCGGCUGUAAGGAAUACUUCUGGCUGCUCUGCAAACUCAUCGACAACAUCCACGUGAAGGACGCCAGCCAGACCACCCUGCUGGACCUGGACGCUCUGGCCCGGCACCUGGCGGACUGCAUCAGGAGCCGGGAGAUCCUGGACCAGCAGGACGGGACCAUCGAGGACGACGGGCUGACGGGCCUCCUGCGCCUCGCCACCAGCGUCCUCAAGCACAAGCCGCCGUUCAAGUUCUCCCGCGAGGGCCAGGAGUUCCUGCGCGACGUGCACAACCUGCUGUUCCUGCUGCCCAGCCUGGCCGACCGCGCCCAGCCCAAGUGCAAGUCGCACGCCGCCCGCGCCGCCGCCUACGACCUGCUGGUGGAGACGGUGAAGGGCUCGGUGGAGAACUACCGGCUGCUCCACAACUGGGUCAUGUCGCAGCACAUGCAGACCUCUCACGCGCCGUACAAGUGGGACUACUGGCCGCACGACGACGUGCGGGCCGAGUGCCGCUUCGUGGGCCUGACCAACCUGGGCGCCACCUGCUACCUGGCCUCCACCAUCCAGCAGCUCUACAUGAUCCCCGAGGCCCGCCAGGCCGUCUUCACCGCCAAGUACGCCGAGGACAUCAAACACAAGACCACUCUGCUGGAGCUGCAGAAGAUGUUCACCUACCUCAUGGAGAGCGAGAGGAAGGCCUACAACCCCCGGCCCUUCUGCAAGACCUACACCAUGGACAAGCAGCCGCUCAACACCGGCGAGCAGAAGGACAUGACGGAGUUCUUCACCGACCUCAUCACCAAGAUCGAGGAGAUGUCCCAGGAGCUGAAAAACACGGUGAAGACUCUGUUUGGAGGCGUCAUUACCAACAACGUGGUUUCUCUGGACUGCGAUCACGUCAGUCAGACCGCAGAGGAGUUUUACACGGUUCGAUGUCAGGUGGCUGAUAUGAAGAACAUUUACGAGUCUCUGGACGAGGUGACCAUCAAGGACACUCUGGAGGGGGACAACAUGUACACCUGCUCGCAGUGCGGGAAGAAGGUCCGAGCGGAGAAGAGGGCGUGCUUCAAGAAGCUGCCGCGCAUCCUGAGCUUCAACACCAUGAGGUACACCUUCAACAUGGUGACCAUGAUGAAGGAGAAGGUCAACACGCACUUCUCCUUCCCGCUGCGCCUCGACAUGACGCCCUACACCGAGGACUUGCUCAUGAGCAAAGGAGAGCGCAAAGAGGGUUUCCGGGACGAGGGCGAGGCCAAGGUCGCCGAGAGCUACGAGUACGACCUGAUCGGCGUCACCGUGCACACCGGCACGGCGGACGGCGGCCAUUACUACAGCUUCAUCCGAGACAUCGUCAACCCGCACGCCUACAAGAACAACAAGUGGUACCUGUUCAACGACGCCGAGGUGAAGCCCUUCGACUCGGCCCAGCUGGCCUCCGAGUGCUUCGGCGGAGAGAUGACGACGAAAACCUACGACUCCGUCACCGACAAGUUCAUGGACUUCUCCUUCGAGAAGACCCACAGUGCCUACAUGCUGUUCUACAAGAGGGUGGAGCUGGAGGAGGACAACGGCAAGGACUUCAGCUUCGACGUCUCUCCUGAUCUGCUGGAGUGGAUCUGGCAUGAUAACAUGCAGUUCCUCCAGGAUAAAAACAUAUUUGAGCACACUUACUUUGGCUUCAUGUGGCAGCUCUGCAGCAGCAUCCCCAGCACGCUCCCCGACCCCAAGGCCGUCUCCCUCAUGACCGCCAAGCUCAGUACCUCCUUCGUCCUGGAGACGUUCAUUCACUCUAAGGAGAAGCCCACCAUGCUGCAGUGGAUCGAACUUCUCACCAAGCAGUUCAACAACAGCCAGGCUGCCUGCGAGUGGUUUUUGGAUCGAAUGGCCGACGACAACUGGUGGCCCAUGCAGAUCCUCAUCAAGUGCCCCAAUCAGAUCGUCAGACAGAUGUUCCAGAGGUUGUGUAUCCAUGUGAUCCAGAGGCUGCGGCCGGUUCACGCCCACCUCUACCUGCAGCCCGGCAUGGAGGACGGCUCCGACGACAUGGACGGCCCCGUGGAGGACAUCGGCAGCCGGUCCUGUGUCACCCGCUUCGUGAAGACGCUCCUGUCCAUCAUGGAGCACGGCGUCAAGCCGCACAGCAAGCACCUGACGGAGUACUUCGCCUUCCUCUACGAGUUCGCCAAGAUGGGAGAGGAGGAGAGUCAGUUCCUGCUGUCUCUACAAGCCAUUUCCAUCAUGGUGCAUUUCUACAUGGGAACCAAAGGCCCCGAGAACCCUCAGGUGGAGGUGCUGUCGGAGGAGGAGGGGGAGGAGGAGGACGAGGAGGAGGACAUCCUGUCCCUGGCGGAGGAGAAAUACCGUCCCGCCGCUUUGGAGAAGAUGAUCGCCCUCAUCGCUCUGCUGGUGGAGCAGUCCCGCUCUGAGAGACACCUGACUCUGUCUCAGAGCGACAUGGCGGCGCUGACCGGCGGGAAAGGCUUCCCCUUCCUGUUCCAGCACAUCAGAGACGGCAUCAACAUCCGGCAGACCUGCAACCUCAUCUUCAGCCUGUGCCGCUACAACAACCGACUGGCCGAACACAUCGUGUCCAUGCUCUUCACCUCCAUCGCCAAGCUGACGCCCGAGGCCGCCAAUCCCUUCUUCAAGCUGCUGACCAUGCUGAUGGAGUUUGCGGGCGGGCCUCCGGGGAUGCCCUCCUUCGCCUCCUACAUCCUGCAGAGGAUCUGGGAGGUGAUCGAGUACAACCCAUCCCAGUGCCUGGACUGGCUGGCGGUUCAGACUCCCAGGAACAAGCUGGCCCACAGCUGGGUGCUGCAGAACAUGGAGAACUGGGUGGAGCGCUUCCUGCUGGCGCACAACUACCCCCGGGUCCGCACAUCGGCGGCCUACCUCCUGGUCUCCCUCAUCCCCAGCAACUCCUUCCGCCAGAUGUUCCGCUCCACACGCUCGCUCCACCUGCCCACCCGCGAGCUGCCGCUGUCGCCCGACACCACCGUGGUGCUGCACCAGGUCUACAACCUGCUGCUGGGGCUGCUGGGCCGCGCCAAGCUGUACGUGGACGCCAGCGUGCACGGCACCACCAAGCUGGUGCAGUACUUCAGCUUCAUGACCUACUGCCUCAUCUCCAAGACUGAGAAGCUCAUGUUCUCCGGGUACUUCAUGGACCUGUGGAACCUCUUCCAGCCCAAGCUGUCGGAGCCGGCCAUUGCCACCAACCACAACAAGCAGGCGCUGCUGUCCUUCUGGUACAACGUGUGCGUGGACUGCGCGGAGAACGUGCGCCUGGUGGUGCAGAACCCGGUGGUGACCAAGAACAUCGCCUUCAACUACAUCCUGGCCGACCACGACGACCAGGAGGUGGUGCUGUUCAACCGCGGCAUGCUGCCGGCCUACUACGGCAUCCUGCGCAUGUGCUGCGAGCAGUCGCCCGCCUUCACCCGCCAGCUGGCCUCGCACCAGAACAUCCAGUGGGCCUUCAAGAACCUGACGCCGCACGCCAGCCAGUACCCGGGGGCUGUGGAGGAGCUCUUCAACCUCAUGCAGCUGUUCGUGGCCCAGCGAGCCGACAUGAGGGAGGAGGAGGUGGAGGACGUGAAGCAGUUCAAGAAGACCACCAUCAGCUGCUACCUGCGCUGCCUGGACGGACGCUCCUGCUGGACCACUCUGAUCAGUGCCUUCAGGGUUCUGCUGGAGAACGAUGAGGACCGGCUGCUGGUGGUCUUCAACAGAGGACUCAUCCUCAUGACGGAGUCCUUCAACACUCUGCACAUGAUGUACCACGAGGCCACGGCGUGCCACGUCACCGGGGACCUGGUGGAGCUGCUCUCCAUCUUCCUGUCCGUGCUGAAGGCCACCAGGCCCUACCUGCAGCGCAAAGAUGUGAAGCAGGCGCUCAUCCAGUGGCAGGAGAGGAUCGACUUCGCCCACAAGCUGCUCACACUCCUCAACUCCUACAGCCCUCCUGAGCUCCGUAACGCCUGCCUGGAUGUGCUGAAGGAGCUGGUUCUGCUGAGUCCACAUGACUUCCUGCACACUCUGGUCCCGUUCCUGCAGCACAACCACUGCACGUACCACCACAGCAACAUCCCCAUGUCCUUCGGGCCCUACCUGCCCUGUCGGGAGAACAUCAAGCUGAUGGGAGCCAAAAACAACAUCCGACCGCCGAGACCGGAGCUCAACAUGUGUCUGCUGCCGUCCCUGGUGGAGAGCGGCAAGGGUAAAGACGAGGUGUACGACCGCAUGCUGCUGGACUACUUCCUGUCCUAUCACCAGUUCAUCCACCUCCUGUGUCGCGUGGCCAUCAGCUGUGAGAAGUUCACCGACACGCUCGUCAAGCUGAGUGUGCUGAUCGCAUAUGAAGGACUCCCGCUUCACCUGGCGCUGUUCCCCAAGCUGUGGACGGAGCUGUGUCAGUCUCAGUCGGUUCUGGCUAAAACCUGCGUGAAGCUGCUGUGCGAGGAUCCGGCCUUCAGCGAGUACAUCAAGUGCAUCCUGAUGGACGAGCGGACGUUCCUCAACAAUAACGUGGCCUACUCCUUCCUCACCUGCUUCCUGCACAAGGUCCAGGUGCUGUCCGGUCCCAGCUGCUCCAACCUGAUCGGCGUCCUGGUGACCAACCUGCUGACGGAGCAGAGCGGCCUCCAGCCGGAGCUGGCGGCUCACCGCCAGGAGCUCAACAAGACCAGCGGCCUGCUCAACGCCGACCUGCGGGUGUUGGUGCUGCUGCUGUCGGUGCAGCCCCCCCAGGCCGUGGACUCGGCGCUGUGCCCCGCCCUGCAGGAGCUGCUGGCUCGCUGCCGGCUCUGCAUCCAGCGGCGCAGCGCCCUGGAGCUGGAGGCCAAGGACCUCAAGUCCAAAGCCGACGACGAGGGCGUGACCCCGGUGAAGCGGCGGCGGGUGAGCAGCGACGAGGACCGGACGGGAGACACCGCCGCGCCGCCGCCGCUCUGCGUGCCGUCCACCUCCUCGGCCCUCCCGCCCUGCGGCGAAUCCAAGGCCGAUCGCCAGGAGGCCAUGACGCCCACCAGCACCUCCGACACGGAGACGCGGGACUCGUCCUCGCUGAUCGACCCCGGCACGGAGCAGGACCCGCCCUCCCCCGACCCCGCCCCCGCCUCCUCCGGGAACCUGGACUCCUCGCCCAAGGAGGAAAAGAUGGAGGCCUCGUCUUCGUCCUCUUCCUCCUUCUCCUCCUCCUCCUCCUCCUCUCUGCUGCCGGAGGGAGGGGAGGGAUUUGCACAGGAAGGGGCGGAGCCAGAGCCGCGGCCUCACAUGGCGACUGCCGAGCAGCGGGAGGAGGAGGCGGGGCGGCGGGCUGACGGAGGCGAGGAGCCCAAGGAAGACCAGGUGGGCUCGAUGGCCGGCGGCGGCUCGGCCCCGCCCCUCCCGGAGGACGCCGCCUUCCCGUCGGCCCUCGGGUUGGUGGGGGAGGGGCCGGACGCCUCCUCCUCGCCGCCGUUCCCGAGCGCCGGCCCCCCGCCCGACAUGCUGGACAUGCUGUACAGGACUGUGGAGGCCACCAUCGCCAUAGUUACCAAACUGUCCGUUAAAGGGCCGCACCCGUCGUGACACGUCGCCAUGACGACCGCCCCCCUCUGCUGUUUCUGUGCUGCUGCUGUUGUUGGUUGCCUUCUGCUGACGUUCCUCCAGCUUCGGCGGUUCCCGCUGUGCCGCGUCGCCGCGCACAGCCGACCCCUCGUUCCACACGCAAGGAUGAAAAACUAAAAGUUCUACAAGCUACAGCUUUUCUUUUUAUUAUUUUUUUUUCAAAGGGCAAAAACAGUUUCUUUCGUUUUAUACUGAUUCCGAUUUUUUUCUGUUUUCGAAAGUGAUUUUAUUUGAGGUUUGCUGUAACGGGGAAAGGUUUACAGAACUUUUGUCUCUUCUGUAAUUUAAUUUUAUUGCAUUUUUAUUGUGUAUAAAAUGGUUGUUCUCUGUGCCAGUUUUGUACUUUAUAAACGAGGCAAAGGAAAGUUGCCUUGAGGUUUUCUGUGGUUCAGUGAUCCAGAAACUAAGUUUACCUGUAAAUUAACGAGAACCACAAGAAACUUGAUUCUGUAAAGAAUCCUCUCUAGUCAUUGCCUGAAGGUGUAUAUGAAAACUAUAUAAAUAUAUAUAAAUAUAUAUAUAUAAAUAUCUUUAUAUAUAUAUAUAUAUAAAUGAACAUUUAAGAGUGGUGCUUUAUUUGCCUUUGGUUGAAAUAAAGCCCCUAUGUUGGACCAGCUGGAGCUUUUAUUUUAUUUACUGAAGUACAUUCCAUAAUCUAUUGUUUAUUUUGGCUUCUUCUGCUGUGUUCUGAUUUAUUUUAAUAGAGAAUAAAUUAAUAAACAGUUGUGA